GCCGCUCUCAAGCACCUAAUUAAGACGGAUGGCCUAAAAAUAAAGGCCCGGGUCGUAAUUUCAGCCUCAACCUCCUGAGCUUUCUUGGGCUCUAAGCACCGGUGGGGAGAGAGAAAGAGAGAGAGAGAGGCAGGUUCCUGUUUGGUUUUUUUGUUGUUGUUCGGUGCCCUUUUCCUUUUCUGCCCCUUUUAUUUUUAGGGGGAGCUUUUUUGGAAGAUGGAAUUACCCAGGGAGGAAAGGGAAAAAAAAAAAAAAAGGAAAAAAAAAAAAAAAGAAAGGAUAAAGGAAAAGAGCGUCUAAUUUGAGCUGCAAACGAAGGGUUUGAAGUCUGUACGGAGGCGUCCGUGCGUGCGGGGCUCCUCCCGCAGCCUGGGAGCCGUCACAGCUUGUUCCUGCCAUGUUCCUGCCGUGUUCCUGGCCUUCUCGCAGCUCUUUUUUAUUUUUUCUUUUUGGCUGCUUUCGCUUCUGUUCGGAGAGAGCCGCCUUUGGAGGCCCGGAGGCUGCGGGGUGGUGCUUUGCUGUGAUUUCUUUCUCUUUUCCUUUCUGCCCUUCUGCUCGGCCGAGAGCGGAGCGCGGGACCCCCCUGGGGAAGGGGCUCCGGGUGCAGGGGUGGCUGCCGGGGACAAAGGUGUGUUUUGUUUUUUCCCUGGAGACGGAGGAACAAUGGGGAGGCGGAAAUCGCCUUCCUGAAGGCGGAACGGGGAAAGGAGCACGGGCUUAAGGUGGACCGUAGGCAGCCCCGGUCCCUGCGCUGUGCCCAGCGUCACCCUGGAGGGAGGUGCUCGAAGAUGCCCGUGGUCACCCCGGCCGGGGUCCCCAAGGGGCUGGAGUGGCUGCACGACCCCACGUCAGAGCCCCCCCUGGAGCUCCUUCUGAUGUUUUGUGUGGGAUGAUGGCGUCCACGGAGGAGCUGGAAGAUGCUCGUGGUCAGGGCUGUGUGCACGGGGUGUAAAACUGAGCAUCAGUGCUACUGGGGAGCAGGGUGGGGGCCCCAGCCAGGCUGGGUCACGGGCUCUGGGCUCCAGCUCUGUCCAAACCUGGACCGUGUGGGACCUGAAGGCCCUUCUGGUGUGAAACAGGCUGGCAAGAUGCCUGUGCUGCUCCCCCGAGCUCUGUCCUCCUCCAGGCAGUGGGGAGUGGGUCCUGGCACCAGGCAGCAGCUGGGGAGCAGUGGAUGUUCCGUGGGUGCCCAAAAGCAGCCACCUCCUGCAGUCGCUCAGCUCUGCAGGCAGUUGUGAGCCCUGAUAAUGCUCUAUCAGCUGCGGGCCAACAUGCUGCCCUGGGUGCAAGAUCCUUCCCCAGCAGUGGGGAGCAGUGACAGGGGGACUGUGUGCACUGGUGCCUGCAUAGAGUCCUUGGGAUGGUGCCCCAGCCCUCUCUGUCUCUCUCCUUUGCAGCAGCUCUGCCCUUUGUCAUCCUGACGCUGGUGAACUCCCCGUACAAACGAGGCUUCUACUGCAACGAUGACUCCAUCCGCUACCCCUACAAGGCAGACACCAUCACCCAUGGCCUCAUGGCUGGGGUCACCAUCACCAGCACCGUUCUCAUUAUCUCUUCAGGGGAGGCAUACCUGGUCUACACAGAACGCCUCUACUCCAAGUCAGAGUACAACAACUACCUGGCUGCGCUCUACAAGGUGGUGGGGACCUUUCUUUUCGGGGGGGCCAUCAGCCAGUCCCUGACCGACCUGGCCAAAUACAUGAUCGGCCGCCUCCGGCCCAACUUCUUGGCAGUCUGCAACCCCGACUGGUCCAAGGUGAACUGCUCCAUCUAUGUGCAGCUGGAAAAUGUCUGCCGGGGGGAGAGCAGGAACGUCACCGAAUCCAGGCUGUCCUUCUACUCCGGGCACUCCUCCUUUGGGAUGUACUGCAUGAUGUUCCUGGCGCUCUAUGUGCAAGCCCGGCUGGUGGGGAAGUGGGCCCGGCUGCUGCGUCCCACCAUCCAGUUCUUCCUCCUUGCCUUCGCCAUCUUCGUGGGCUACACGCGGGUCUCUGACUACAAGCACCAUUGGAGCGAUGUGCUGGCCGGGCUGCUCCAGGGCGCGCUCAUUGCCAUCCUCAUUGUCCGCUACGUGUCUGACUUCUUCAAGCACCGACCGCCCCGGCAGUGCGAUGAGAAGGACCCGGAGCGCAAACCCAGCCUGCCACUAACCCUCAGCGACACGGACCGCAAUCACUACAGCUACGCGGGCGCCCCGUGAGCCGCACAUGGGGCCUGGACUGUGGGAGUGGAGGGGUGGGGGGGGAAAACAUGGAGCCCGGUGCCCACCAAUGGCUUCAUCGCACUGCGCCGCAGCCCUGCCCUUCCCCGAUCCCGGUGGCGCCACGGCUUUUUGAUCUGUGGGGUAGGGAGAGGCCUUGAGCCUGGGCUGGGGUCAGCGGAGCCUGGGAGCAGGGCAGGUGGAGGCCUUGGGCCUACGUCAGCACUGUGAGGCCUACCCUGAAGCCUAUUCCUGCACCUUAAGGCCUAUCCCUGCACCCUGAGGCCUAUCCCUGCACUCCCAGGCCUAUCCUGAGGCCUAUCCCUAUGCCCUGAGGCCUACCCUGCACUCCUAGGCCUAUCCCAAGGCCUAUUCCCAUACCUUAAGGCCUAUCCAAAGGCCUACCCUGAGGCCUAUCCCUGCACCCUGAGGCCUAGCCUGAGGCCUAUCCCAAGGCCUACCCUGCACUCUGAGGCCUAUCCCUACACUCUGAGGCCUAUCCCUGCACUCCCGGGCCUAUCCUGAGGCCCAUCCCUGUGCUCCAUGCCUUAUCAAACACUACCGCCUUAGGAGCACAACCCCUCACAGCACAACACGAAAGCAGCCUGCUGAGCGAGCACUGCUUUUAGUUUCUUUGGAAAGGAUUGAAGCAGCCCAGAGCUCGGCCAUGUUCCCUGAUGAACUUUAACAGCCGUUCGGUGCAGCUCGGGGCUGCUCCAACCCUUUGGCCGCUGUGGCUUCGGUGUGUCCUCUAUGGGGCGGUUGGGGCAGGGAGAAAUCUUCUGUGGUAAAGGGGUGGGGGGUGGGGAAAGGGACGUGGAGCUGCGCAUGGGGCUCUUAUCACUGGGGGAAGGUGGGAAAUGGGCCGCAUCCGUCCUGGCUCUGAGCUGCAGCCGCCUCUGGCACGGGCGAGCUGCGGGCCCGGAGAGAAGCGACAUGCGUUUGCAUGAUGAUGUGUUUUUGUAAAAAUGUGUUUUUUAAAUUAGAUCAUCGAGAAAGAA